AUGGUCCGAACCAUUGUCCUCACCGCUCUCGUGGCCGCCGUCGCCUCCGGCCUCCAGCUCGGCAACCCUGCCGCCGGCUCUUACAUGGUCCGCAGGACGGCCGCCGGGGGGGCCGCAAUCGCUGCAGUCGUCGCCACUAACGCACCCGAAUCGGAAUCGACCUCUUCCGAGGGAGACGGGGAAGACGCCGAUUUCCAGGAGACUGGUAUUCCCCAGGGCCGGCCCAAUGAGACUGGUGGUCGGCAGGUGCAGGCCGAGCAGACUGGUGCCCGGCAGGCCCAGUCCGCGCAGACUGGCUUGGCCCGAGGCGGUGAUGGCCAGUCUUUUGCGGAUGACGACGACGCCGGCCAGACUAGCUUCGCCGAUGACAGCGCGCCUACCAAGACCGGCCUGUCAGGCAACAACUCGCCCAUCGAGACGGGCUUUCCCGACGAUGGCUCUGGCGCUGAUCAGACCGGCUUCCCUGAGGACGGCUUCUCCGGGCAAACUGGCAACCCUCCUGGUGUCGCGGCCCCCACGGGAGGCACUGGCGCCCGGAACACGGACACGCCAGUCCUUAUCAGCGAGGGGCUCGCCCGCCCCGUCGGCCGCGUUACGGUAUUGCUCGGCCUCGGCGCCGUGGCCCUUGCCAUCGGUCUUUCGUGA